CUGCACUGCAGCCUUGUCGGUGCUGUUGGAAGCUUAACAUUUGUUUUCAUAAAGUGGACCAAAAAUGUCUUUUUCAAGAGCCCCUUUGAAAAGGUUCAACGAAAACGUAGGUUGUGCCCCUCCGCCGGGCUCUUAUGAGAUUAAACCCGGGGACCUUAAAGGAGCUGCUUCCUUCGACAAAUCCGACCGAUUCAGAAAUGUUAAAGCAGCCGAUCUGCCACCACCAUCGCCCUCCAAAAGUGUCUUUGUGUCACCCGUCCGCAGGACUAUGUCGGUUGAUGGUCUUGUUGAAGGUUCAAGCGUAAAGAAAGAGAAGCCUGGCAUGACCAUGGAGAGGAAGCAGCAGAAACUCUUGGAGAGAGAGAUAAGGUCCCUGGUUCAGCAGCGAGGAGAGCAGGACCGUCACUUGCUGGCUCUGGAAGAGGAGCUGAAGAAGGUGGAGGCCAAGCUGCUGGCUGCAGUCAGGGAGAAGACGGGUCUUGCUGCCAACGUUACCACUCUCGAGAGACAGCGGGCUGAGCUCAAGAAAGUCAAUGAGUUCCUAAAAAACAAGGUUUCUGCUGACACUACCAAAAAGAAAAUCAAUUCUCUGACAAUGGAGUUGAUGGAUGCCAGAAACACUUUGGAUGUUAAAAACAAGGAAUUAAAAGUACUGCAGAUUACCACUGAAGGCCAAGUGAAGGAGCUAGAAACUGACCUUAAAGCUGCCAGAGCUACUGUCACAGCUCUGGAGGACAGGAAUAAAGACCUGGAGGAACUUCAUCAAGUGACCAAAGCCCAAAAUGUAGAGCUUGAGAGUGAGAAUGGCAGAUUGCAUGCUGUGAUACGGGAGCUGAGGGAGGAGAUCAGAGUGUUGCAAGGAUACCUGGACUCAGCCAAUGAGCAGAUCCAGGAUCUCCGCUUGAAGCUCAGAGAGAAGACACAGGAGGACACUGUGGCUGGUUCUCAGGUGGAGAAAGUAAAGCAACUAGAGUCUGAACUGGAGCAGCGUACUACUGAGCUAGAAACCAUCCAAGAUGUGCUGAGGCAAAAAGAGGAGGAGGCAUGGAAACUUCAGCAAGAGCUGCAGGUGUCAAAGGAUGCCUUAGAGGAAGUGGAGACGAGGUUGGAGGACCAAGAGCUGGAGCUGAAGUCCUCACAAAGGUCAAUGAGUGACAUGGAGAAGCAAAUGGAGUCAGCCAACCAAAAAGUUCAAGACUCUCAAGCAGUAGUUCGACAGCAGGAGGCAGAGCUGGCCAGACUGAGAGAGGUGCUCAGGAGGACGGAGAGGGAGCUGGACGAGAGAGUGGCACAUCUUGAACAGAGGUGUCUGUUCUCUGAGGAAGAGAGAAGUAAGACUCAGGAAGAGGGGAUGAGGAGAGUGGAGGAGUUGAAAGCGGAGCUCGUCCUCCUGAAGGAGGCAAAAAAAGAAGAGAAAAAGAGACAGAUUCAGCUUGAGCAAGAACAUGCUGCUCUGAAUGCUGAACUGACAAAAGAAAAGGCACUUGUGGACUCACUGUCUGUGCUGGUGGAGCAGGAGAGGGAAGAGUCUGAGGAGCGGCUGAGACAGCUAAAGGAGGAGAUGGAGGAAGUGCUUGGAGAGCUGGCAGUCUUGGAGAACCAAGAGCAGAAAAGGCAGGAGGCGACUGAGAGCAGUCAAGAGGCUCUCCAGAGGCUGCAGGAGGAAAACAAUGAGCUGGAGAGACAGCUGAGUGAUACCAGGGCACUGGUGGAGAGUAAGAGCAAAGAUGUGGAAGCUUUAAAAGAGGAGCAUUUAGCAGCCAUGAGAGAACUCCAGGAGGCACACACAACCUCUCUAAGCAAGAUGGGAGACAUUGUCCCAGAGCUGGAGAGUGCCAAAGAGGCUCUGCAGGGAGCGGAGAGAAGACAGAAAGAACUGGAAGCGGAGGUGGAGAGAGUGAUGCAGCGGAUGAAGGAGGAGAUGGAUAAAGCGGUUCAACAAAAAGAGGAGGAGGUCAACAGAGUAAAGGAGGGGUUAGAGGAGUAUCAGGAGAGGCAGCUAGCUGAAGCAAAAGCCAGGGAGAAGAAUUCGAGGAAGUUGCUGGAGGUGCAGACUCGUCUUGCACAAAAAGAUGAGGAGAUAAAGGCCAUGGAGGUGAGCCAUGCUGUCCUGAUCAAUCAGCUACAGCAGGAGCUACAGCUGCAGACAAAAGAGAGAGAAGAGGCACUGGGGCAACUAGAGAAACAGAAAGGUCAGGGUGCAGCUCAGCUCCAAAAUGAGAAGGAAAAAGCCCAGAAACUGCUGGAGGACGUCCGCCAGGAAAAAGGGGAAAUAAUGGAACAGCUCCAACGAGAAAGACAAGAGAAAGUUCAGAUUCAGACAGCUCUUCAGGAGGAAAGAGAACACCACCAGCAGGUCAGGUCAGAGAUGCUCAGACUACAGACAGAGCUAGAGAGAGCAGAGGAGGAAAGGAAGAGUCUCCUGUCUCAAGCUGAACUCAAAGACCAGUCCAGGCUUGCUCUUGAAAAUCAACUAAACAUGGCAGAUCAGGACAGAAAUCGGCUUCAGUCUCGCCUGGAUGAGGUCAAACAAGGGGGUUUGAGCUUCCAGGCCCAAUUAGACCUUGUGGAGGAGAAGACACAGGCUCUGCAGCACGAGUUGGAAGAACAGCGACAAGACAGGCAGGCUCUACAGGAGCAGGUUGAAGUACUGACUCAGGAAAAGGUUACACUGCAGUGGGAUUUGGAGGAGCAGCGACAGGAACUCCAAAGACAAUUAAGCGAAGCACAAGAGAAGAGCUCCCCAAGUUCAGAGACGGAGCACUGGAGGAAACAAUAUGAGGAGCUGUUUGCGAAAGUCAGGCCCUUUCAGGAACAGCUCAAUGCAUUUGCAGCCGAGCGAAAUGCACUACUCAAUGAAAACGGAGCAAACCAGGAGGAGCUGAACAAGUUGUCUGAUGCGUAUGCUCGUCUGCUGGGCCACCAGAACCAGAAGCAGAAGAUCAAACAUGUGAUGAAGCUGAAAGAUGAGAAUAUCACCCUCAAACAGGAAGUGGCAAAGCUUCGAUCCCAGGUGACCCGGCAGAAGAGUGAUCUGGAGCAGCUGAAGUCAAAGCCCCCUUGUACUCCUCGACGCAGGUUUGACCCCAGCAAAGCUUUCCAACACGACAAGGAGAACAGGAAAACUGAAACUCUGAAAGAAGGAAAUCAUUAUGCAUAAUGGAGCCCUUGUGACAGACGAGAACUGACAACUGAUUUAUGAUUUUAUCUUUUUUUUUUAAAAUAUGCAUUAAGCUUUUACUUUGACACUGUUUCUUAAUCUGGAUUUGUAUAAAUAAUUCUGUUAAUUUUAUCAGCAAUUAAUAAUUUCUAAAAGUGUUAACCAGAAUCCCACAUGCUGCGGUUUAGCAGCCUUUUUUGUCCAAUUGUGACACAGAGUGAGGAUGUAUGUAUCUGUUUUGUCUUAAAAAGUAAUGUUAGGAGUAGUGUGUGCGGCAGCAGUGUGUGAAAAUAAUGAGGAAAUAGAUGGCUGCAGCUCUACGCACAAUCCAGAGAACAAAAGCAUAGUCGGCAUUAAAAUGUGAGAUGUGUUUUGGAAUUUUAUCCUUUAAACCUCCUUAGCAAUUCUUAGGGUAGCAGAACCAGUAACUAUUUCAUGUGGGGUACCUGUUUGUAAAUCUUUCUUCCUUGUAAAUAAAGAUGGAUUUUAAUACUCUUUUAAAA